CCAGAUUUCAUUUCUUUCAUCAAUGUUUUUGCAGCUCUUCAACCGGCAGGAUGUUGGCGCUACAAAGCUACUGUGAGGGGAAUGAGUCUCUGACCCGAGCAUGGGCUCAGCAGGGGUUUCACCCCUGUUUCUACUUCACACUGGUGCCUGCAGUACUGCUCAGCAUCUGUCUCCUGUUAGGUGCUCUGCAGUAUGUCUGUUACGCCCGGUUCAGUCGCACCAUGGAGCCAAAGUAUAUUCCACGUUCCCGCCUGUACUACAUACAAGUCCUCUUCUCCCUGCUACUUGCGCUGCUGCCCUUUGUUGAUUUGCUGUGGCAAGCAUUGGGCAUGCGGCAACUCCAUGGUUAUGUGGUGCUAUAUGCCUGCCUUUCCGCUGUGAGCUGGGCCAGUUCAGUUGGGCUGCUGCACUUGGAACGCACCAGGGUGAUGGUGCAGGACCGAAUCCGAGGCCAUGGAGCUAUCCUGCUCUUCUUCUGGGCACUGGCUUUUGCUGCUGAGAACCUGGCCUUCGUCUCAUGGAACAGCCCUCUCUGGUGGUGGGGCUUAGAAAACACCAACCAAAAGGUGCAGUUCAGUCUGUGGUUACUACGCUACAUCUGCACUCUCACGCUCUUCACCUUAGGGAUGAAGGCGCCUGGGCUGCCCCGGAAGCCCUAUAUGCUGCUGAUUAAUGAAGAUGAACGUGACGUGGAAAACAGACAGCCUCUGCUUCCAGAUGAUAGAGAGGAUCACUCCACUUGGAAGGAUUUGGGUCGGAAGAUUCGCCUGCUUUCCCUAUAUCUCUGGCCAAAGGGGAACUGCCUGCUACAGUGCCUGGUGGUAUUCUGCCUGACACUUAUGGGGAUGGAGCGUGUUGUCAAUGUUUUUGUGCCUAUCUAUUACAAGAAGAUUGUGAAUGAGCUUACAGAAGGGGUUAGUUGGCACACGCUGGUCCGGACUGUUUUCGUCUUCUCAUCCCUCAAGUUCCUCCAGGGGGGAGGUGCUGGCUCUACUGGCUUCGUUAGCAACUUGCGCACCUUCCUCUGGAUCCGGGUGCAGCAGUUUACCAACCGUGAAGUCCAAGUGAAGCUCUUCAGGCACCUUCACGGUCUGUCCCUUCGCUGGCACCUGGGGCGCAAGACGGGCGAGGUGUUGCGCAGUGUCGACAGGGGCACUAGCAGCAUCAACAACCUGCUCAGCUACAUCGUCUUCAGCAUCUUCCCCACUAUAGCUGAUAUCAUCAUUGCUAUUGUGUAUUUCACUUCACUCUUCAGCGCCUGGUUUGGCCUCAUCAUCUUCGUCUGUAUGGUCCUAUAUCUCACCCUGACCAUCGCAAUCACUGAGUGGCGGACAAAAUAUCGCCGUGAAAUGAACACUCUUGACAACAGUGCUAAAUCUCGAGCUCUUGAUUCGCUUCUCAACUUUGAGACGGUGAAGUAUUUCAAUGCAGAGAAUUACGAGGCUAACCGCUUCAAUGAUGCCAUCCUCAAAUACCAGGGAGCAGAAUGGAAAGUCAACGCAUCUCUGGGAUUCUUGAAUCAGACCCAGAACUUGGUGAUCAGUGCGGGGCUGCUGGUCGGCUCCUUACUCUGUGCCAACUAUGUGUUUGUGAAGAAGCUCCAGGUGGGCGAUUAUGUUCUCUUUGCCACAUAUAUUAUCCAGCUGUACACGCCAUUGAACUGGUUUGGCACCUACUACAGAAUGAUCCAGUCUUCAUUUGUUGACAUGGAAAACAUGUUUGAACUCUUCAAUGAGGAGCAAGAGGUGACAGAUGAGCCAGGUGCUCCGGAUCUUCGGUUUGUAUCUGGACGUGUGGAAUUUGAGAACAUUCACUUCGGAUAUGUGGAUGGGAGUGAAAUCCUGCAUGAUGUUUCUUUCACAGUGAUGCCUGGACAAACUUUAGCACUGGUCGGAGCAUCUGGCUCAGGAAAAAGUACCAUCAUUCGUCUGCUGUUCCGUUUCUAUGACUUGUGGGGAGGCUGCAUCCGAAUUGAUGGGCAGGAUAUUUCCAAGGUGAAGCAGACCUCACUGCGUGCUUUCAUUGGUGUGGUGCCCCAGGAUAUUGUUCUCUUCAAUGACACCAUUCGUGAAAACAUCCGCUAUGGGCGUAUUGAUGCCACCAAUGAAGAGGUGACGGAGGCGGCGAUGACCGCUAACAUCCACGAGCGUAUUAUUUCCUUCCCCGAUGGUUAUGACACGCAAGUUGGUGAGCGAGGUCUGAAGCUGAGUGGUGGGGAAAAGCAGCGAGUCGCUAUUGCCCGCACCAUCUUGAAGAAUCCUAGAAUCAUCCUCUUUGAUGAGGCGACGUCAGCGCUGGACACGAAGACUGAGAGAAGCAUCCACACAUGCCUGGCCAAAGUGUGCGCAAACCGCACCACCAUUCUUGUGGCUCACAGAUUGUCCACCGUGAUUAAGGCUGAUCAUAUCCUGGUCCUCAAGAAUGGCCGAGUGGUGGAGCGAGGAAGGCAUGAAGAGCUGAUGGAAAAGGACGGCCUGUACAGUAAUAUGUGGCAACAACAAGGUAGUGAUUAUGGAAGCCUUUCGGAGGCAGAGAGCAAGUACAGCGAUGUAUCGCAAGCACCCUCCAUAAAGAGUGGAACAAGCGGUGCAUCAAAAGCAAGCUCCGCAAAGAGCGCAGCGACUGCUGCAUCAAAUGCAAGCUCCGCAAAGAGCGCAGCGACCACUGCAUCAAAUGCAAGCUCCGCAAAGAGCACAGCGACCGCCGCAUCAAAUGCAAGCUCCGCAAAGAGCGCAGCGACCGCCGCAUCAAAUGCAAGCUCCGCAAAGAGCACAGCAACCGCUGCAUCAAAAGCAAGCAGCAUGAAGACUGUCAGUGAGGAGUCAAAGGGAGGUAGCAGCAAGAGGAGCUCCGCCAAUGCUUCAACAGUGACAAGCAGCAAGACCGACACCAACAUUACCACCAGCUCUGAGGAUUAACCAGGAUCUAGAAAGGAGUUGCUGAAUGAGAAAGCAGCAGCUCUCGCCCCUGCAGGUCAUGGCUUGAAACCAAAGAAGCAGCCGUCCCUUCUGUCAGAAUAACUUGUGAACAUUUACAGCGUGGUGGUUACACUCCCAAGCCAUAGAGUUGAUCCACCAAGGAAGUGUUUAGGGAAUCCAAACUUGGGGAGUGCUGGGCCCCCAUGUACACUGUGGAGUGCCUUUGGCACUGGAGCAGCAUACAGCAGGUGUGGUAUCCCUUGCAGUGCUGUGAAUGAUCUAAGUGUAGUGUCAGUGAUUGGCAAAGGGCAGGCUGGAACUGGAUAGAUCCCAAUGGUUUCCAGUGCCACUCUGCCUUAACUGUGCUCACUGUCGUCUUUCCUUGCAAAGAUGAGCGAGAUGGAGUGAGAAGGCAGAGAGUGAUAUGUAUGUGUUGGCAGUGCCGGGUGGAUAUAAAAUGAAAAGAGGAGCUUGGGACACGGCUAUAUUUUUGUAGCUUCUGAUCUUGAGAAGUCUGUUUUAAUAUUAAUAAACUUCCAGUGUUUUCAGAUUCA